AUGUCUGAUGUCGCCGAUUCCUACUCCGAUGACUCGUCGGAAGCCUCCGACGCCGAGGAUGGCGACGUAUGGCUUAGACAAGCCCCCUCAAGUCAGCAAAGCUUCAAGCAGUCAAACUUGUUCUUCGUAGCUCGUCAGGGGGACGAAAAGGACCUGCUCCGAAGUAACCAGAUCUACAAGAGAAACCAUUACGAAAAGGGACUGACGAAGGACAAGAGGACUACAGUGCAGCAGGUUUUGGACAAACGUACUUACAUACGACUACGGAAGCUCUGUGGACAAGGGGUGUUCCAUUAUAUGCACGGAGUAAUCAGCACGGGGAAGGAGGCUAACGUCUUCGAGGCCGAGACACAACAGUCGUACAGCUCGUCCACUUCCCAUAAUGUAGCAAACGAUGUUAAUGAAGCUGUAAAUGUAGGCGGAAGUAUGCCAUCUGGAGGUGCACAUCAGGCGUUGGAGGCUAAGGCGUCAUCACAAUCGACGGGUACUGGCGCCGCAUCCUCUCUGGCAGAUGAAGGCACAGAUGUGAAGCAGGAUGAUGUGACGGACAAGAUAGCUGAAUGCAGCAUAAAAGAAUCGCCGAAAUCUGAGGACACGGAUGAAAGAAGUCCGAACACCAAACAACAGAUGCAAGGCCGAGUGGCCAUUAAGGUAUACAAAACAUCAAUCCUUGUAUUCAAGGAUAGAUCGAGGUAUAUCGAGGGCGAAUUCAGAUUUAGGAGAGCGUAUCUAGGGACCAAGAACCCUAGGAAGAUGGUUGCGCAAUGGGCUGAAAAGGAAUUCAGGAAUCUCAGGCGCAUUGCGCUUUCUGGUUUAUACUCACCCACGCCCAUAGCGCUUAAGGACCAUGUGCUCGUAAUGGGCCUCAUAGUGGAUGGAUCCAACGUCGCACCCAAAGUGGAAAACUUAGGGGCCCUGCCUCUGUUCGAGUGGCAAACCAUAUACGUACAGACAAUAUGCACAAUGAGGACGUUGUUUCAGGAGUGCAAGCUGAUCCAUGGAGAUUUCUCAAGCUUCAACCUGCUCUACUCGAAUGGGAAGGUUUACGUCAUAGAUACAUCGCAGGCUGUCGAAAAUGAUCACCUCAAUGCGAUGCCAUUCUUAAAAAGAGAUUGCGAAAACGUAACACGCUUCUUCAAAACAGUUGACGUACUGCACCACGAACAAGAACAAAUGAUACCCUAUGACGAGCUCAAACUCCUCAGCGCCGAACAGCUCUUUUGUUUCAUCAUUUCGAAGGUUAUUGAACCAAUCGAUGAUGGAAUAGACGAAAGAGAUACCAAGGUGCUCCCCUUGUUGCUUGAUGACGAGCUCUGGCAGGACGACUCACUCGCCAAUGUAAAGUGCUUCUGGGAUAUAAACGACUCGGAAAUCGCGCGCGACGUUGAUCAAAUUGUAGAAAAAAUGACCAGAUUCUACAAAUUCGGUGCCACAAAAGACCUUCCGGAGAUCAUGAUGAGGAAACGCAAGAGUUAUUUGUCGCUCUGCAAGGCAACAUAUGACUUUCUCACAGGGCCCAUGUUCGCACAUGAAGACUGUUAUACACACAUAGCGUGGCUAAAGAAUUACAACUUCGAUAAACAGCUGCCGAUCAACAUUUCACAAAUGCCGCUGGACGUCGCUGAGAGCCUCAUGGAACACAAGGAAAACGUAAUUGUAGGAAUAAAUCUCAUCGGAAGCAAAACAUCGUGUGAUGCUGUUGAGGAAUCUUGCGGUCACCUGGACAAUAACGUUGAAGCGGAUUCCGACGAAAGCGAAGCUGAUGAUACAAGUGACACAGAAGACACAGCAAAACAAACAAACGUCGGUGCGAAGAACGUCGAUGAAAGGGCUAAGUUCACGGGGAAAAUACCAGACGGAGUGGAACCUAGGGAAUGGAAAAAAAUGGUUAAGGAGUACAACAGGGAAAGGCGAAAAAGCAAAAUACCCAAACACAUAAAGAAAAAAUACGGCUCUAACAAGGGCUAG